GUGUAGGUUCAGUUGACAAAGUAUCCGAGUUUACAAACAUACAAACAUGGCAGCAUUGACUGAAUUUUAUGAUUGUGAUGUCCUCAUACCUUGCCACAUAUGUAGAAGAAAACUUAGAGGCUUAGCUCUAUAGCUUAAUACAUUAAUUCAGUAUCCCAUGUUUUUUCCAAAAAUGGCUCAACUUGAAAAUCAUUCCAAUUUUUACUGCAAUUUAUGGAGAUAUGAUUUAUGGAGAUAGACAGAUAUCAAGAGGUUGCUGCUGUUAAUUGGAACACUCAUCACCAAGAACCUGUAAUGCUGGAUGAUCUGGAUCUACUGGAUAGCUAUUAUAAAGCUUUCUUAUACAUGUCAAGGAAAAUUGAGAGCUCAAAGUAUCAUUUGGAGCACUGUCUGUUACCUGGACAAAUCAUUGCAUUUAAUAAUCGUCGUUUCCUACACUCCAGAAACUCAUUUCAACUGAACGGUGGAUUCAGAAAUUUUCAUACUACCUAUGUGAACAUUGAUUACCUCAGAAGUCAGUUCCUUGUACUUGGAAAGGCUUUAGGUUUUAACGAGAGCCCAAAGAACAUUUUCAUGUCUACUCUGUGAAAUUUUGUACUUUUUAUAAUAAUCAAAUUAAUUAUUUUUAUUGGUGCUAAUCAGAAUCUUCUUUUACAAUACAACAGAAGAUAAGAGU